GGUACCUUGGCGUGAAAUCUAGGGUAGUCGAUAAAUGCCAUCCCAUAGAAAUUAUUCAAGGUCUCGAAGUUCCCAUCGAGACAAUUAUUAUGCCCGUUCAGGAAGUGGGUAUUCGUCACAUAACAGACGCCACUCUGGAGGAGUUUCGGGAAGUAGCCACCGUACCCACCAUCGGAACUCGUAUUCUAGCGAGCAUUCGAGACCAAGGCGAGAAUACCAUGGCCAUCGCCAUCAGAGAUACCGUGCACGAAGCCGUCACUAUUAUGAGCAUUCUCAUAGUCAAAAGCAUAGUUAUCAGCGCUCGAUGUCUCCUGAAAGUGAUCGAGACGAUUCACAUGGUCAUUUUAUGGGUGAAAAGGGAGAUAUUUUGAACAAGCAUUACCUGAUAACUCGGGAGCUGGGUACAGGAACCUUUGCUCGAGCUUUUGAAGUUAAAGAUACUGACACAGAUAAAUAUUAUGCAGUGAAAGUGGUUCGAGCCAUACACCGCUACUGCAAAAGCGCCAAAAUCGAGGCUAAAAUCGCAAAGGACAUCACCGAGCGAGACCCGGAUCACCGCUUCCACUGCUAUCACUUAAAGGACGAGUUCGAGUUCAACGGACAUUACUGCAUGGUGAUGGACCUGCUGGGCGAGUCGCUUUACGACGUUCUGAAAGAGAACGACUAUCACCCCUUCCCCAUGACAUAUAUUCGAUCGAUUCUGCGCGAUCUCUUCGAGGCCUUGGCGUUUCUCCACGGAUUCGGACUCACCCACACCGAUUUGAAGCUCGAAAACCUCUUGUUCUCUUCGAUGCACCACCUCCAAGGUCCCUCUCGUCGCCUCCCCUCACUUCCAGACGUCCCUAAUCGCUUUGACACCCCCGUGAAGCUGCCCGGCUCUCCGGAAGUGACGUGUACGCGCUCGUUCUCGCUGCUAGCUAGUGAUCGACUUCGGCAGUGCGACCUAUUCCACGGAAAGACGCACGGGAACCAUCAACACGCGCCAGUACCGAGCUCCGGAGGUGCUCUUCGGCCUUCCCUGGGACGAGGAGUCGGACAUUUGGGGCGCGGCGUGCAUCGCGAUGGAGCUCUUCACCGGCGAUCUGCUCUUCCAGACGCACGACGACCUGCUCCACUUCGCACUGAUCGAGAAGAUCGUGGGGCGGUUCCCGGAGAAGAUGCUCCAGGCGAUGUCGUCCAGAAAACGGAGGUAUUUCGACGAGCAGGGCCGGUUUCUGCUGGACGAGCUCCACCAUUCGGAGCAGAAGCAUGUCCGCGAACAGUCAACGCUGCAGGAGCUGAUAGGCGAGAAGUAUCCGCAGUUUUUGGACUUGAUGACAUCCUGCUUGGUGAUCAGCCCGCAGAGACGGAUCACCGCUUCGGAAGCGCUCCAGCAUCCUUUCUUCGCAGGGAAAGAUUGAGUUGUGCUUUCUCCUGUUUGUUCCAUAAAUCUGGGCUUUUUUUCGUUUUUUGGUUUGGGUCACUAUCUUCUGAUGUGGUCGACGCUUUCCUAUACGAUUUGCGAUAG